AUGAGACUCAUUUCCGCACAAAGGUACACUAGCACAGGCUCAUUUCCCAAUCCAACCGCACAAAUCAACUCUACACUAAAUAAUUGGUGGGGUGCAGCAAAGCAGUAUGGAGUCACCGAUUUGCAAAACAAAUAUACGAACAGUAAAUUGUACAGUUUUGCUAAUAUGGUUUUUCCUGAAACAACUAAGAUUGGCUGCGCUUACAAAACUUGCACUGGUGCCACAAACGCAUUGACCUUCACUUGCCUUUACAAUGGAAUUGGAUAUUAUACAAAUGAACCGAUGUGGGAAACCGGAUCAGCCUGUGUAACUGGUGCGGACUGUACCACAUACGCUAAUUCCGGUUGUUCUGCUGGUCUUUGCACUAAAGGAGCUGAUGUACCAGGUUCGUAA